AAGAAACAUCUAUAUGGCUCAUCUUCACAAUCACCAAUCUUCAAUCAUUUGCCCGAUAAAUUAAAUUCAGAAAGAUUUUCUUCACGUUUACACAAAUGGCAGUAAUUACAGAAGGUGGACUAACGCACUUAAACGAGGAAAUCGAGCCCUUUUGUCGAUGGAGGAGAACUGAAGAGAUCGACAUUGUUGAGCUACAUCUUCCUCCAGGCUUGAAAAAAGAGCAUCUUAAAAUACAGAUCAACAACACUGGUGUGCUUACAAUAACAGGCAGGUGUCCUAUGGACCAAACAAAACCAAUCAAGUUCAAGAAAGAAACGAAAGUUGCAAAAAACUGUAAAAGAAAUGAGAUUCGUGCAAAGUUCUCAAAAGGAGUUUUGUAUGUGACAAUGCCAAAGACAAGCCCUAUUGCUGUGGCUCCUUAUGUCCCUUUUCAGGGAAACACAUCGGGAACUCGAGACCGUCAUGCAGAUGAUGAUGCAAGUAAUAUAACAAAAUAUGCAAGUGAAUUUCAUAGCAAGUUUGAAUCAUUGAGGGAAAAACUAUGGAGGAAGACAGUCUUCGAGGGUAUGGCAGCCGUCGUGGUUGUGGCUGCUGGUGUAGUAGGAGCCGUCAAAGCAUACCAAUAUUUCAUGGCAUCACCAGUUUAAUCAUGUUUCAAUAAAACUAUUUUGUUUCUAAUGGUAUAAUAAAAUAAAAACCAAUUUGUUUCUCCAUUCAUGUAAUUUGGGGAUAAUUGGUUGUGGCUAUGGAUGCUUUAAACAGCCAAAAAUUUAUUGAGCCAUGUAUCUAUAUAAUCAAAAGUAACUAUAUAAUCGGAUUUGAUUCAGGUUCGAUUCUAAAUUUUAAUGUAUAGAAACUUAAAAAUAUUAAAAUAA